AUGACAAUCUAUCAAGAAGAAACAGGAAUGAGCUUUUUCGAAAACACUGGUUUCACAGAAAUUACAUUUUCAACUGCAAUGUUAAAGCCAUCGUAUUUCAAAGGAAUGUUUAUUGGAUGUAAGAAGUUAAGAAAGGUAACACUUGGUCCUGGUGUAACUGCCGUUCUCGAUCAUAUGUUUGAGAAUUCAUCUGUUGUUGAAGUUGAAUAUUCAGACUCACUCACAUCCAUCGGAGACAUGUCAUUUGCAAGAACAAACAUUCAGACAUUCACAAUCAAAGGAAGUUUGACAGACAUUUAUCCAACAGCAUUCUAUGGAGCAUAUAGUAUCAACAUCGUUGUUUCACCAGAGAACACUAAGUACGAGAUCAUCGAUGGAAAUCACCUUAUCGAGAAGUCAAGUAAGAGUCUUGUCUGUCUUUUCGGUAAGAUUCCUAACACAUUCAAGCUGAGUGAAGAAAUCCGUGUCCUGAAAGAUGCAUCUCUUGCUAGUGCACCAGAAAUUGACAGUAACACAGGAAAAGUCAUCGACUGGGGAAUCACGACAUUGAUCAUCCCAGGAAACAUCAGAGUCGAAGACAAGAUGGAACCUGUCAGAUACACACCUUACUUGCACAACUUGUGCUAUGGAGGAAUCGACCAACCUCCUCUCUUGAACUCAAUGGCACAUCGAUACUUCGUUACAUCUAACUACUCUAAGGACUUCUGGGUUCUUUCAGAAGAAGGCGACAUGGACAAUGAGAACUACAUCGGUGUCAUCCAUGCACCAUGUUCUAACUUCACACCAUACGAAAAGUUCAACCAACGCGAGUUUGACAACCUCUAUGACUGUCCAACAGAUGAGAUUAUUGAAGAGACACCAACUGAGACACCAUUAUUACAAGAAGAAGUACCAUCAUCUAAGAAGACAUCAGGACUCUUGAUCGCUUUAAUCAUCCUCGCUGUCAUCGAGACAGUAUUGAUAUGUCUCAUCGCAUUCUACAUAUACUUCGCGACUAAAGACACAGAAUCAUCGAGUGAAGAAACCGAACCAGCACCAAUGAAAGAAGAGACAGCAUUGUACUCAUACAAUACAGACAAUGAUGGAUCCAUCACUCUCGACAAUCCUCUCUUCAACAAAGGAUUCCACAACGACGAUCCAUUUGCAGAAGACUUCGAAGAGAAAGACGAUAACAAAGACGCUGAUUUGUUUGGUGGAAUGGAUAUUGAAGAAAGAUAA